AUGGGUAGACCAAUCCAAAGCAGGUCAGGUGGCGCUUUCCUUCCAACUGCCAGCACUAGUACUCCCACCUCUUCUCCAUCACCCACUACCACCGGGUCCUCUUCUACACCCGACACCGCUGGGCCCUCUCCUGCAUCUGACGCCGGUGGGACCUCUUCUAUAAUCGUAACUUCUUCUACAAUCAACGGGACCUCUCUUAUAAUAUCAGCUUCCACAACCCCCACAACCGUGGUGACCUCACUGACAUCACCCCAAUCUUCUGCUGAACAAAAUACAUCAUCAUCAUCAUCAUCAACAACAACAACAACAACAACAACAACAGCUGCAGCAGCAUCAACAUCAUCGGGAAAUACGACCAGCUCGUUAGCAACUUCCUCCACAAAUGUCAAUACCGGCGCCAUAGCAGGCGGCGUUAUCGGUGGAGUCGUCGUCCUAGUAUUGCUCGUCCUCGGACUCAUCCUCUACCGUCGACGCAGAAAACAUGUCGCACCCUCCUCCGAAUUCGCAGAAACCAUUAAACGCGGAGAGAUGCCCGUCCUCCGCCUAGAUUCCGGUGUAGAAAUCGUUCCUUCAUGGGCACGCAAUAACGUCCCUCUACCACUACAACAAGACUCGUAUUACACGAGUCCUGCCAUGUCGAAUAUGAAACUCCUAGAUGGGAUGGGGAUAGGAGGGUCAGAUGAGCAAUCUACGCGUUUCAGUUUAGAAAAAUCGUUGCAGCCUCUUCGGCGCUCAGGUCAGCAGGGUUCGGAUGAAUCCAUGGCGAUGGGCAACAUGGCGCGCAGGGUAUCCAGUAUUGGCAGCUCACAAGAGUUCUGGUCCCGUGACACAGGAAAGUUCGAUACUCGGAAAGACUACAGAUCUAUAUCCCCCCUUCCUACCGACACUAACUACGCGCCCUUGAUGCAAAAUACGUACCCCAUGGAGCCUUCUCGCGCAGUGGAGACCUUGCAGAAUGCAUAUGCUGAUCUGUGGGAACUCUCCGUUGUCCCGCUGACGCGCCCACUGCCAGAUCUCGUUCGUAACGGUGCGGAUACACAGCCUUUACCCCCGUUGAGACCUGUACGACCUAGUGUGGACAUUGGGAUUAGGAGGAAGGUUUAA